AUGAAAAUGUGCAUGACCAAAUGCAAUGUUGUUCAAAUCGACCCUGAUGAGUUGGCAAAGUUUUUAAUGUCACAUAAAGCGGUGGACGACGCGGUGGUGGUCGGCAUUAAUAACCGCAUUGGUUUACAUUGGCUUAGAGCGUACGUGGUAAUCAAACAAGAAAACAACCCUGGUUAUAAGCACUUGGAGGGAGGGGUAGAGUUUGUGGACUGCAUUCACACCACUAUAAUUGGCAAUAGUGUACGAAAAUACUAUAGAAAUAUAGUGAAUAGCGAUCUGAGCGUUAUAUUUGAAAAAUUUGGAUAA